CGCUAAUACACUGGCUGUUGGAAAUGUUUGCUGAUCGGCAGCUAUGGACUUUCUUGCUGCUUCUUCUUCUGUCUUUUUCUGGGACGGCAUACAGAUUCGACAUGCUGAAACAGAACUCUGAACCUCGGGACGGUGAUGUGAGGCUAUCUGGCUCUAGGAGCAAUUCAGAGGGCCGUGUUGAAGUUUUCCAUGAUGGAAAAUGGGGAACGGUGUGUGACGACGAGUGGAAUGUUGCUCAUGCCCAGGUGGUUUGUCGUCAGCUCAACUUUCCUGGAGCCAAAUCCGUUGUUUUAGGAGGGGACUACGGAAAAGCUCCUGGACCUAUUUGGCUAGAUGAUGUCAAAUGCAAAGGCACUGAAAACCAUCUAGUGUCCUGUGAAUACCAAGGCUGGGGUGUAACUGACUGCACACACAAGGAAGAUGUUGGAGUUAUCUGUGAAACAGGAAGUAACAACUUGACCAGGAGUGAUUCUCCUCAAUCACUGGACCACAGAAUCAGCCUGUCAGAUGACCUCGGUCGAAUCUUUGACAGUGGGACUGGCUGUGACUUUGUGAUGGUUCUCCAGAGUCCUACUGGAACCAGUCAGGACGAUGGCACCCCGGAGAAGGUUGAGACAACAAUCUGUGCACACAAAAUUAUCCUCUCCCUGUUCCCACUCUUCAGAUCUUCAGAGGGGCUGACUAACAUCACAGUUGACAUCGGUAGCCAUUGUCAACCACAUUUCUCCUCCUUCAUCAGGUACCUUUACACCCGUAAGAUUGAUGUUACCUCUUCCAAUGCGCUGUGCCUCCAUCAACUGGCCUCCAAGUUUGAAGUAAAGCAGCUGAUGGAGGACAUAGGACGCCUUUUCUCUGUGAUCCUCCCAGAUGACACCUCCUUCUACACCCAGGUGUCUCUUUACCAAUAUGCAGUUGAGACCAAUGACUUAAUCCUUGAAGAAAACUGCAUCCAGUACCUGGCUUGGAACUACCAAAACCUGAGCAGCUCUGCACUCUGGACUGAUCUCUCGGUGGAGUUACUUGAGAGCCUUCUAAGGCGCUCAGAUUUGGUGGUACCGGAUGAGUAUUUUGUUUUUCAGAGUCUAGAAACAUGGAUGACAGAGAAGGCCAACCUUACCAGUCUGAAAACCAUGGGUAACCUGUUGAAUUACAUCCGUUUCCCCAUGAUCCCUGCUGAGAAGCUGUGUGAGCUGGAGUCCAGCUCUCCCCUCUUCAAAUCUGAUAAGAAUGCAUAUCUCAACCAUGUCUUGAAAGCACUUAAAUUCAAUAUCCUGCUCUUUAGUAAUCUAACCAACCCAAAAAGUGGCAGAGAAUCUGAUGAGUACAAACCCAGGAUCUACAUUGCUGAGCCGUGGAGCACCGUUAUUGACAUGUCGCGCACAACAUCACGCAGCUCAUCAUCACAACAGAGACAAAUGAGAUACAAUGGCAACAGACAGGCGUAUUAUAAUAAUGGUUAUAAUUAUGGUUAUUAUCCUACUACUGCCCCUGACACUACACACAGGUUUAAAACACCUCUCCAUUACAGCCUGAUGUUUCAAGGCAGCACAACAUCCUGGGAGGCAAAUGUGUUCAAAAGCCAGACUGAUUGUUCAAGGAAAGGUCUGAGGUGCGAGUCGUUUCCUGUGACUAGUUUGGAUCGCCUAAACUCCUUCUCCCAACCAAGCAAUGUCCUGUUUCGUAACCGCCUCCUGGUGAUGUGCCAAAACAAGUAUGUCUGUCAGGUUCAGGGUUUCAAAGGCAACCUGGCUUACGUUUCUACCAAUGACACCCAGGCUCUUUCCUGUCCCUGUCCUGAUGACCAGUACACCUACAUGUUUGUAGUGAGACCAGAAUAUAUGUGAUUGAGUACUGGGGGCAGGUAAAUACUGUAACAAUCAGGAGCAAAUGGGUCACCUUUUUUUUCAUUAUCAUGAAUAAGUAGAUUGCAUUGAUUUUUUUUUCUAAAUCAUGUUAUAGUGUCAAAUAUGAAAUUUAUGUAUCAAUCAGUAGAAUACUUUUUUCAUUUAUGGCAAAUUAAUUAAGUGAUUUCCAGAUCAUUUUCUGUGUCUGUUGCCAAUUAAGAUUUAUUCUAGUAAAACUCAGUGAACUAGAGGUUUUACUGCAUGUACUGUAUAACAACGUAUGAACAAUAAAAUUUCAGUUCCUCCUGUUUCAAGAAAA